AUGCUUCCUACGCACCGUAUCAUGAAGAACGGUCGUGGUGAUUUUUAUGAUGACGACAAGUACAGCAAGACAAACAGCAAAGAAUCUCAUAGAAACUUGCGCUCCAGCAAGCUAUGGAUUGGCCUCAGCAUUGCUGCCAUCUGUAUUCUAUAUUACACAUACACACGAACAUCUGGCGAGCAAGCCAUAGACUCUGCAGAUCCGUUCCAGCAGCCAGACUAUGGGCCUAUUGCUGACAAUAAGGUACCUCCAGUGCAAAAAACACAGCCAGAACAAGACGACUUUGAGGUGGCAGAUGAUGAUUUUGAGCAAGAGAUCAUCAGCAUUGAUUAUCAGCAGCCCUCCCAUAUUCUCUUUACUCAAUACCCUCCACCGUCUUCGUUGCGACCCAGCGACACACUAUUGGCUUCUCGCCAAGCCAAGGUCAUCCAGGCGUUCCAGCACGCUUGGAAGGGAUAUGCUCAAGACGCCUUUGGACAAGACGAAUACCAGCCAUUAACACACACAGGACACAAUUGGGCACCUGGAGGCGUCGGACUGAUGAUUGUGGAUUCACUGGAUACAUUGAUGCUGAUGAACCUCACCAAGGAGUACAACGAGGCACGAUCAUGGAUUGAAACCAACUUGAACUUCAACAAGGAUCAGGACGUCAAUGUAUUCGAAACGACCAUUCGCGUGUUGGGUGGCCUGCUGUCAGCAUAUCAUCUGUCCAACAAUGACCCUUUAUAUUUGAGGAAAGCGGUGGAUUUGGGUGAUAGACUCUUACCGGCAUUCAACUCGGAAUCAGGCAUCCCAUUCUCAGGUAUCACACUUUCAAACGGUGUACCUGUGGGAUACGGUCCCAGCAGCACAGCAGAGGCAACUACGAUUCAACUUGAGUUCAAGUAUUUGAGUCAUUUGACGGGCGACAUGAAGUAUUGGAAUGCUGCUGAAAAGGUCAUGGAUAGAAUGCAAGAAUUGGUGGAAGCAAAGGAUAGCUCUGCACUGGAUGGGUUGGUGCCAAUCUAUAUUGACCCUCAUUCUGGCAACUUUGCAUCAAGAGAGAUUCGACUUGGUUCCCGUGGCGACAGUUACUAUGAAUACUUGCUGAAACUGUAUCUGCAAACCGACAAAUCCGAGAUCAAAUACCGUGAAAGAUAUGACCAUGCAGUAGACGGCAUCAAGAAGCAUCUCGUACAGCACAGUUAUCCCAACAAUCUACUGUACAUUGCUGAAUUGAUGGAUAGCUCGCAACCAAACAACAUUCACCCCAAAAUGGAUCACUUGGUUUGCUUUAUGGGCGGCAGUUUUGUGUUGGGUGUGACAGAAGGCGCUUCGAUUCAUGAAUUGGAUCCACUCGACAAAAAGGACGGCGAGGAUUUCCACCUAGCAGAGGAAUUGACGAGAACUUGUUACGAAAUGUACAACAUGACCGCUACAGGAUUAGCGAGUGAAAUUGUGUAUUUCAAUACAAAUCCCCACAGUGGGCCAGAUGAGCCUGAUAUGGAUAUCCACAUGAGGGACAAGCACAAUCUGCUGCGUCCAGAGACGUUGGAGAGCUUGUUUAUCAUGUACAGAACAACAGGCCAAGAAAAGUAUAGGGACUGGGCAUGGAACAUAUUUGAAUCCUUUGAAAAAUAUACCAAAUUACCUGACGGAGGCUAUGCAGCACUCAAGGAUGUCACUGUCAUUCCCCCUCCAGCCGAUAACCGAAUGGACACCUUCUUUUUGGCAGAAACACUAAAGUAUUUGUACCUCAUAUUCAGUCCUGACGAUAUUAUACCUUUGGAGAAUUACGUAUUGAACACAGAAGCACAUCCAUUGCCUAUAUUUUCACCAAAUGAAAUGCAAUAA